CGUAAUUUUAUUUAUUAGCAUUGCAGAAGUAUUCUAAGAAGUUUAGUAAUUGUCAGUAAAACGAACUUUUUGAAAAUUUGUGAACAUAUUACCGUUUGUGGAUUUAUUCUUCUCUAAUAGCUUAGCAUUGCAGUUCAUAUAUAUUGUUUGGUUUUGAUCUUUGUGUUAUGAAUUUACUGAUUGGUUCUUAUUGUGGAUCAUCUUUGAGGACAUAAAAAGUGGAAAGCCUCUAGCAGCUGCCAUUCUCAGAAGAAAUGGCUGGUUUUACUGCAAUAUUGCUUCUUCUUCAGUGUCUGCUUCUCUCUCAACCUUCCUAUUCACUUCCCUUGUGCACCGACUUCCGGGGACCCACAAAAAUAAAAACACCUCUAGGAUUUUUUCCUUAUGAUGGAACUACGUGCUGUGACUCAACCAAAGACCUACAACUUCAGAAACAAUUUCAAAGAACGAACAUUUCUGAUACAACUUGUGCUUUCCUUGUGAAAUCAAUACUCAUGCUGGUGCUAUGGCAUUGUCAAGUCUGGUUCCUGCAACUGUUAGUUCGAUUUCUGCUCUAGCAAAGAGUUCAGUAGCUGGACUACAGAUCUGGUCCUUACAUGGAUUACUUUUGACAAUUGAAGCUGCUGGUUUGUCCUACAUAUCGCAUGUUCAGUGUCGGAAGGCUUGUUCAUAUUGAUUUUGGCUUCAUCCUGGAAACAUCUCCUGGUGGAAACAUGCGCUUUGAGAGUGCUCACUUCAAGCUGAGUCAUGAAAUGACUCAACUGCUUGAUCCUUCGGGGACUAUGAAAAGUGAUACUUGGCAUCUUUUUGUGGGAUUGUGUGUUAAGGGAUACCUUGUUGCUCGUCGUUAUAUGGAGGGUAUCAUCAGCACUGUAGCAAUGAUGGCAGACAGUGGAUUGCCUUGCUUCAGCAGGGGUGAGCCCAUUAAUAAUCUUCGUAAAAGAUUUCACCCUGAGAUGAGUGAACGCGAAGCAGCCAAUUUCAUGAUCGGUGUAUGUACUGAUGCCUAUAACAAAUGGACGACUGCAGGGUAUGAUUUGAUACAAUAUUUGCAACAAGGUAUAGAAAAGUAGUAUUAAGUGUGGGAUUCCUCUGGUUGUCUGUAAAGUAUAGCAUUAUCUUGCAAAUAUCAAUGAAAAUGCACAUUCUUUUGUGUAAAAUGACCGUCUUUUCCAUCAGAUGAUGUACCUUUUACAAAUGACUGAAUGAGCAGUGUAAAUUUUGCUCCACUGUAGCAGUGUUAUUUGCGGCCUUUUUUCCGUGUUUUUCUAUUGACAAUUAAGAAAAUAACUACAAUUAGUUUCAA